AAAUAGUUAAUCUUCUUUAUUUUCCUUAAUAAAAAAAUUUGAAAAAAUGGAGCUAAGAAUAUAAAUAGGGCAUUUGGUGGUUCAAAGACUGAAUAAUAAUAUCCUGAUAAACAACAACCAAACAAAAAAAUUAUGGUAAGUUUGGGCCGUCUGAAUGGUUCCUCUGUCGGUGCAUUUUCCAAAAUAUUACGAACAAACUGCAACUCCGAUUUCCUCAAACACAACCCAAAUUACUUGAUAAGAAGUUUGAGAAACAAUUGUAGUUCCAUUGAAGCUUCAAAUGACAAAAAGUUUGAUGAUUCAAAGUAUUCUCAGAGUCUCAAAGAUGGAGUGAUCCCUAAACAUGUGGUAAUAAUCUUGGAUGGAAACAGGAGAUGGCUUAAAGCCCGUGGCCUAAAGCUUGAUUAUAAGCCAUAUUUGAUAGCUGAAAUGAAGUUUGUCGAUUAUUGUCUCAAAUGGGGAAUCGGCACCGCUACAAGCUACGUCUAUGGACUUGGAAACGUCGAGAAGCGAACUAAGGAAGAGACUGAUGUUUUACUAGGGCAAUUUGAAACAAAUUUGGAGGAAGAGUUGGAAAAUUUUACAAGGAACGGAGUAAGAGUGUGGGUAGUAGGAGAAAAGAGGAUGUUGUCUGAAUCAUGUCAAGCCACCGUAAAGAAAGUGGAGGAAGCAACAAAACACAACACAAAGCUUGAUUUCAUAUUAGCAGUAUGCUACUCUUCACAAAGAGACAUUGUUCAUGCAACAAGGAAAAUUUGCAAAAAGCUCAGGGAAGGAAGCAUUGCAGAAGAAGAUGUGAAUGAAGAUUUGAUUGAGCAACAUCUUUCUCUUUGUGGUUCUCGACCUCUUCCUGACCUAUUUAUACGAACUGGCGGCGGCCAAAAACGCAUUGGCAUGUUGUUGGGGUGGCAAGUUGGUCAUAUUGAGCUAUACUUCAGCGACAGUCUUGCACCUGACUUUGGGGAAGAUGUGUUCCUCGACGCUUUGCGCUCUUAUCAACUAAGGGAUAGGAUGUUUGGCAAGUAAAAUAUAAAAAGUUAACAAUUCGGCUCCCUAGCGAAUGUAAUAAUAGGCCCAAAGCCAAGUAUGGCAUAGUCAUGCAUCUAUUGUACUUGAUCACGACUAAGCCCGGCUCUGGGACAGGACAUAAGGGACGGUCGCCCUGAGCCCAUGGA